GGUGGGUAUGCGCGUGGCCUCCUCGCGUCACUUGGCCCGGCUAUCUCCACGCUCCCGCCUUCUCCUCGACCCCAACUCUAUCCUCCUACCCAUCGUCACCCAACUGGUGGCUAAAACCCUCGACGUCUCCUCAGAGGUUUCGGCAGCAGCACGAGAGCCACGGCGAUGGGGACCAUGACAAUGGCGAGCAGCUCCCUCGUCCUCCGCCCGCGUGCGUCGCCGUUGAGUCCUCGUCGUGCGCCGACGCGCCGGGCGGCAUUGCCCGCCCCGCAGGCCACGGCCGCUGAGACGCCGCGGGAGGGGCUGUCCGUGGUGGUCGGCGAGGGCGAGACGAGGACGCCGACGACGCGGCUCUACUCGCUGGCGCCGUACCCGCUGCUGCUGGCGGCGCUGCUGCCCGGGGCGGAGCCCAUCACCGCGGCGUUCGAGCCCUUCGUGGAGCUGGUCAGGACAUUCAGCCUCCCCGACUGGCUCGUGCACUGGGGCCACCCCGGCAACAUGGCCGUGGUGCUGUUCGCAAUGGGUGGGUACGGGACGUACCUGGGGUUCAGGAUCAAGCUCUCCGACGACCCCGAGGAGAAGGCCAAGGCCAAGGACCUCCACCCCAAGCUCCUGGGCGGCAUGUUCUUCUUCUUCGCCCUCGGCGCCACCGGCGGGGUCACCGCCCUCCUCACCUCCGGCAAACCCAUCUUCGAAAGCCCUCACGCGGUCACCGGGGUCAUCGGCCUUGCGCUCCUGACCGUGCAGUCGCUCCUGCCAACAUUGUUCGAGGGGAACCCUGGGCUGAGAGGCGCGCACGGCCUGCUCGGCAGCAGCAUCAUGACGCUCUUCCUCUUCCACGCCGCGUUUGGGCUGCAGCUCGGCCUCAGCUUUUAAUUAGCUCGUGCGUGUCUGCCCGCUGUUAAUUCAGUUUGGGUUCUGUUUCUGUCAUUCUCUGUGCUUGCUUGCUUAGAAGAAGUAAAAAAUCAUCUCUCCCACAGCUCCUCCUGGUCUUUGUUAGCUAGUAGCACUGUCACGAAAACUACUGUAUAUCCCAACUUACAUACGUGCAGGUAUGCAUCACAACAUAAUUUCUUUCCGGAGCCA